AUGGAUUAUUUUAAAACAUUAGAAAUUAAUAAUUUUAAUGAUUAUUUAAAUCAUUUGAUUCAAGGUAAUAAAGUUGUAAUUGGUACAAGUAUCCUUGGUUUGGUAAUUGCAAUUUUCAUUUUCAUUAAAAUCAAGUUAAUGAGAUGUAUUGAAUUGGAUACCAAAAUAUUACAUGAAUGCACUAAAAAAGGUGUUGGUUUACCAAUUGAUGAGGCCUUUGAAGCUAUCCAUAAAGAAUUAAUUAAACACUAUCCACAAUUCAUUACUGCUAAACGUAAUUGGUUAUUAUUUAAUGGUGGUGGUGCUAUGGGUCAAAUGUGUGUAUUACAUGCAUCAUUAUCAGAGUAUCUUAUUUUCUAUGGUACUCCAUUAUACAGUCAAGGUCAUAGUGGUCGUUAUUUAAUGGAUGUUUAUGAUUUUAUGAUUCAAGGUACUACUAAACAAUUCUUCCCAGGUAAAUUCCAAUCAAUUGAUUUCCCAGCUGGUAAAUUCUCUUAUUUACCAAUGAUGGUUGCAAAAGGUUACUGUUGUGAACCAAAUUCAUGGAUGUUGGAAUAUGGUCGUGGUGUUAUCCCAUUGGCUUUACCAUACUUUUUAUUCUCUUCAAUCUUUGUUACUCUUGAUAUCGUUCCUUGGAUUUCUGCUGUAUUUUAUGUUGGUAGAGAAGUUACAAAGAAUUUAUUAAUUAGAAGAAAGAUUUAA